CUCCAAACUCUGCAUUGCAAUUCACAUUCACAUGACAGAGCAUUUUAAUAUGUAUAAACUCUCACGCAACCUUACACUUUAUUAUUAAUAUUAUUUAUUAUUAUUAUUAUUAUUAUUACUCUCUUCUCCCUCAAUUCCAUUCAGGUUCAUUCUCCAUUCUCCUUUACCCUUUUACAUAUUCCUCAAUUUCACACACACUCUCUAUUCUUCGUUCUCAUGCAUUCCCUUUCUAUGCAACCAUCUUUCUCUUUCUCUUAUUCUUCCAAUUCCACUCAUUUUUAUUCUUGUUGUUGUUGCAAUUAUCAAUAGAUAACCUUAAUUCGAUUGAAAAAAGAUUUUUUGUAUUGAGAAUUUUCGGGUCGAUCCAUUAUCGAUGGAUGCUAAAACGGGUCUAUCUCUCGGGUUGAAAUCCUCCAUGUUAUCACCAACGGGUUCAUCAUCCACUGCUUCACUUACUGAUAACAACAACAACAACUCUUUCUCCUUUCAUAUCACCUCCAAAUCAAACCCUUCUCUUUCAUGGCGUUUACUUCAUGAAAAAUCAAACAAUGUGAAAAAACGAGAAGAAGAAGAAGAAGAACAAGAAGAAGAAGAAGUUGAUGAUGAAGGAGAAGGUGAAACAAUUGAUUUCAUGGGUAGACCUAUAUGUGUUAAGAGGAAAAUUGAAGAACACUGUUUUCCACCAUUGAAGCGUGUGGCAAUGGAUUCUUCUGUUGUGAAUUGGGGGAACCAGCCACUAUGUGUAGCUGAUCCUGAAAUAUACACAAUAAUGGAGAAAGAGAAGAUGAGACAGUUCAAAGGGAUUGAAUUGAUUGCUUCUGAGAAUUUUGUUUGCAGGGCAGUUAUGGAAGCACUUGGUAGUCAUUUGACUAACAAGUAUUCCGAGGGAAUGCCGGGAGCCAAAUACUAUAUCGGUAAUCAGUAUAUUGAUCAGCUUGAGUUUCUUUGUUGUGAACGUGCAUUGUUUGCUUUUGAUCUUGAUUCCAAUAAUUGGGGUGUUAAUGUUCAACCUUAUUCAUGUACUUCUGCUAAUUUUGCUGUUUAUACUGGUCUUUUGAAUCCUGGUGAUAGGAUUAUGGGUUUGGAUUCACCUUCUGGUGGACAUUUGAGUCAUGGUUAUUAUACUCAUGGUGGGAAGAAGGUUUCUGCUGCUUCUAUUUUCUUUGAGACUUUGCCUUAUAAGGUUAAUCCUUUGACUGGUUUAAUUGAUUAUGAUAAGCUUGAGGAGAAAGCGGUUGAUUAUCGACCUAAGAUACUUAUUUGUGGUGGUAGUUCUUAUCCUAGAGAAUGGGAUUAUGGGAGGUUUAGGAAGAUUGCUGAUAAAUGUGGAGCUGUUUUGAUGUGUGACAUGGCUCAUAUUAGUGGUCUUGUCGCGGCUAAGGAAGUUGCUAGUCCAUUUGAUUACUGUGAUAUUGUUACCUCAACAACCCACAAAAGUCUUCGAGGUCCAAGAGGAGGUAUCGUCUUUUACAGAAGAGGGACAAAACCAAGGAAGCAAGGGUUUGUUAUUAAUCACGGAGAUGACAGUAAUUAUGAUUACGAGGAGAAGAUAAACUUUGCUUUAUAUCCAUCGUUACAAGGAGGUCCCCACAAUAAUCACACUGCUGCUCUUGCCAUAGCUUUGAAACAAGUUGCAACUCCAGAGUAUAAAGCAUACAUGCAGCAGGUGAAGAGAAAUGCACAGGCAUUAGCAUCUGCUCUGAUGAGAAGAAAAUGCCGACUGGUAACUGAUGGAACUGAUAAUCAUCUUUUGCUCUGGGAUAUAACUGCACUUGGCUUAAUAGACAGAAACUAUGAGAAGGUCUGCGAGGCGUGUCACAUCACUGUCAAUAAGUGUGCCAUCUAUGGUUCUAUUUCUUCUGGAGGAGUGAGAAUUGGCACUCCUGCAAUGACAUCAAGAGGCUGUGUAGAGGACGAUUUUGAGACCAUAGCCGAUUUUCUUCUGAAGGCAGCUCAGAUUACCAGCAUCAUACAGAGGGAACAUGGUAAAUCAUGCAAAGAUUUUCUAAAGGGUCUUCAGAAUAAUAAAGAUAUUUCUGAGCUCAGAAAUCGGGUUGAGACAUUUGGUUCCCAGUUUGAAAUGCCAGGAUUCAAUAUUUGAUUUCAGAGUGUAAAGCAGGCACAGGCACCUUCCAUCCGUGCAUACCUCACAUCAUCAUAAAUUAUAAUAGAUCUUGGUUACCAUGUUUUAAAUUAUUUUUCCAUGGUAACUCAUCAUAUUUUUUUCCUAUUAGUCUUAUAUUUAUCAAGUUAGCUCUUGUAAUUAAGUAUGCAAAUCAUACACCACACUUUGCAAGUUUCCGGUUAUCACUUGGCGAUUGUACAAAUUAUGCAAGGUGGGCACACUUUUGUGGCUACCCUUUUCAAAUCACAACAUUUGUGGCUACCCUUUUGUCUAUGAAGAAACUUCAGCAAAAUUACAUGACUGUUACUAUUUAGUGCUCAUGUUGAUGUGCUAUUUGAACUGAGCAAUGCAUUAGAUUAUUUCCUAGUUCA